AUGGUAAAUGUUACAACUCACUCUUGUACACGACAAUCUACUUUGUCAUUUAGCAACAAUAUUAAUAAUACUCUAGUCUUUGAUGAUAACCAAGAAACUAUUUUCAAUACAGAGUUUAAUGACUCUGAUAGUGAUAAUAAUGCUGAAAAUCUCAAUAUUAAUCCAAAUUUGAAUGAUAUUUACGAAACAACAGAAAAUAAUAAAAUAGAUGACAAUACUUCAAUCAUUUCUUUACCAUUUAGUAUCUCUAUAAAUUCAACUAAUCAAAGCAUAACUUCAACAAAUCAAACUCCUGAUACUACUAUUUGUCAAGUACCAGAAUGUGAAAGAACAUUCACUUAUCACAAAACCACUUCUACUAUAAAAAUACAUCUUUUAAGUGUUCAUUAUAUCACAAAAACUGUCAUUGAAAAACAACAAAGCUCUACUUCAUCCAUAACUCAGACAUUGUUACCAAAAAUUAUAAGCGAUACAAUAAAAGUAUCUUAUAGUGCCAAACAACAAAAGGAAAUCAAUCAAUAUUUAGUAAAAUUUAUUGUGGAAACUGUUCAAUCUCUUCAAUUAGUUGAAGCUCCUGAUUUUCUUAACUUUUGUAAAAAAUUAGAUCCCAAAUAUAAAGUUCCAGUUACAAAAACAUUAAAAGAUGAAAUUGAUUUCGCAUAUUACUAUACAUAUGAUCAAGUAAAAGAAGAAAUCAACAACAGUGCUGAAUAUGUUGCACUUACUUUGGAUUUCUGGAGUUCUAAAGCACAUCUACCUUAUUUAGAAGUUACUUGUCAUUGGUUGUCAUUAAAUUUCAAAUACAAAGAAAUCCUCUUAACUAUUGGAGAGUUAUCAUAUCCACAUGAAGCUUCUCAAAUAGUAGAAUAUAUAAAAAACUUGCUUAAUAUAUGGAAUUUAGAGUUUAAAGUCUUAUCUAUUACAACUGAUAAUGCUGCUAAUGUGAAAAAAGCAAUUAGAGAUCUCAGAGUUGGAACUCAUGUUUCUUGUGCAGCUCAUACAUUACAACUCAAAGAUACCAAUAUUCAACAAGAUGAAACACCAAUCUUAGAUGUUAUUAAGACAAAUAAUACACGAUGGAAUUCAACAUUUUAUGCUUUUAAAAGACUACUAGUUUUAAAACAAGCAAUUAUUAUAUUAAAAAACACUUUAUUUGAAGAUAACAAAAUCAAUAUUCGAAAAGAAGAUGCUAUAUUACAGUCAUUAAUUCCAACCAGUCUUGAAUGGCAUACAAUUGAAAAACUUAUGUCACUUCUUGAACCUUUUGAACAAGCAACUCGUUUAAUGAGUGAUUUCAAGUUUGCUACUCUUGGAAUAAUGUAUCCAGUUAUGAUUGGAUUACUGGAUAGAUUAACAAAUGACUUUUCUAAUCUUAAUGAUCGAAUGGCCAACAAUGUUAAAGAUGUUAUCCAAGAUGAUAUGAAGUCCAGAUGGGAAUUACCUCAUGAGCUGGAAAUAUAUGGUUCAUUCUUUGAUCUACAGUUUAAAGAUUUAAGUUUCAUUUCAGAGCGUGCAGCAUAUAUUCAACAAAUUCAAAUUGAAUAUGAAGUUUUGCACUCAGUUUCAGAUACCAAUUCAACUAUAUCACAAAUUACCAGUCAAGAAGAAUCAUCAGCAAUAGGAGUAUUAUUUGCUAAAAAGAAUGCUGUUAUUUGUCCAUCAGUAAAAGGAGAAUUUGAAAAAUAUCUGAAAAUCCCAGAGCUUCCAGCUUUGGAGAAAAAUGAUCCAAUAAUUUGGUGA